AUGCUGACUUUCUCCCUCGCUCAGGGCUCCGCCUUGCUCAACACGCCUUAUUUCAACAAAGGCACUGCUUUCACCAAGGAAGAGCGCGAUGCUUUCAAGCUCCAUGGCCUGCUGCCCCAGAACGUCCAGACUCUCGAGGACCAGGUCAAACGCGCCUAUGACCAGUACAGCAGCCGCCCCAAUCCGCUGGCCAAGAACACCUUCAUGACGAGCAUGAAGGAACAGAACGAGGUCUUGUACUACCGACUCAUCCAAGACCACCUGAAAGAGAUGUUCAGCGUCAUCUACACCCCCACCGAAGGCGAGGCAAUUGCAAACUACUCAAGGCUCUUCCGCCGUCCCGAAGGCUGUUUCCUCAACAUCGACGACGCCGACAGGAUCCCUGAUGACCUGGACCAGUUCGGCCCCUCGGACGAAAUCGACUUGAUAGUCGUGAGCGACGGCGAACAGAUCCUGGGCAUCGGUGAUCAAGGCGUGGGCGGCAUCCUCAUCUCCAUCGCAAAGCUAGUCAUCUACACGCUUUGUGCCGGCAUCCACCCUGCCCGCGUUCUGCCCGUGGUUCUGGACUGCGGAACCAACAAUGAGGAAUUGCUCAACGACGACCUCUACCUGGGCCUUCGUAAGCCAAGAGCGCGCGGGGAGAAGUACGAUGCCUUCGUCGACAAGUUCAUCACCUCGGCCCGUAAAAGGUACCCGAGAGCUUACAUCCACUUUGAGGACUUUGGCCUACCCAAUGCCCGGCGGAUCCUCGAUAAGUACACACCGGAGAUCCCUUGCUUCAAUGACGACGUCCAAGGCACUGGCUGUGUUACGCUCGCUGCCAUCAUGUCUGCUAUGCAUAUUGCCAACGUCGAUUACAAGGAUUUGAGAGUACUCCUGUUUGGUGCUGGUACGGCGGGAACCGGCAUAGCAGACCAGAUCAAGGACGCCAUUGCCGUAUCGACCGAGAAAUCCGUGGAAGAGGCAGGAGCGCAGAUAUGGUGUGUCGACAAGCCAGGACUCCUCCUGAAGUCCAAGAAGGACGAGCUCACCCCGGCACAAGUCGGCUACGCUCGCGACGACGCCGAGUGGGAGGGCAAGAACCACGGCGACCUGCUGACCGUCAUCAAGGAGGUCAAGCCCCACGUGCUGAUCGGCACGUCCACCAAGCCGGGCGCCUUCACCAAGGAGGCCAUUGAGGAGAUGGCCAAGCACGUGGACCGGCCCAUCAUCUUCCCGCUCAGCAACCCGACCAAGCUGCACGAGGCCAAGCCCGCUGACCUCUUCGAGUGGACAAAGGGCAAGUGCCUCAUCGCCACGGGAAGCCCCUUCGACCCCGUCGAAUACGAUGGCAAGAAAUACGAGAUAGCCGAAUGCAACAACUCCACCACCUUCCCGGGCAUCGGCCUCGGCGCCGUCCUCAGCCGCACCCGGCUCAUGACGCCGUCCCUCCUCGUCGCCGCCGUCGGCGCCCUCGCCGCCCAGGCCCCCGCCCUCAAGGACGCGAACAAGGACACGCCGCGCGCCCUCGCCCUGCUGCCCGACGUCACCGACGUGCGCGAGAUCAGCGUGCACAUCGCCAAGGCCGUCAUCAAGAAGGCCGUCGAGGAGGGGCUGAACGAGGAGGAGGACAUCCCCGAGGACGACGGCGAUCUGGAGGAGUGGAUCAGGGAGCAGAUGUGGGAUCCCGUGUACCGCCCGCUGCGCAGGGUCGAUCCGGAGGGCGCGAGCAGGCUCGCCAAGGGCGAGGCUGGCGCGAGUAGCGUGCGUAGGCCGGGGAGCUUCAGUUAUCAUUAG